AUGCCUAGCUCUCCCCCGGAUUCUUCACCUCCUAUCCCUGGCGCCCCCGCCUCAACUGGUGGCGACUGCGCACCAGAUCUUGCUGCGCAGGUGCCGGACGCGACACCAAUUAGCCCGGCGACAAUCGCUAUCCCUGAAACAGGUGCCAUCGAACCACCUACCCCCUCCGCGUCGGGCAAGUUGAUUUCCGACCAAACGGCGCCUACGCCGGCGUCCACCCAGUCGACAUGCGGAGCACAGCCGAGUCAGCGCCCAAGGAAACGGAGGCGCUAUCACUACACUCUAGUGGAGCCGGGCUCCCUCUAUGACGUGAUGCACGAGAACGCGGGCGUCAGCCUAUUUAUCCGACCCAUCGCCUGGACGGACAAGCAUAAUGCCGCGCUGAAACUCGAGCCGGCUGCAUACGUGCUCUGUAAAGAGCUCUCGGCUAUCUUCUCGAACGAUGUGGCCAUGCCUUUUUACAGCGUUUCGUCUAUCCGAGAGGUUCUCUCUCAACUCUAUCCUAGAAGCGGAUUUGCGGCGUGCCGAGGGGAAGCGUGCCCGGAGAUGCGGGUGUGGUUCGGUAGCAGGGUGCACAGGGAUGCGAUCCGUGUUCAGUGCAUGUGGAGGUGGCCGUACCCUACCUACCUCGAGGAGACCCAGUCGGGGAAUCGCACAUGGGUCUUGAAUCCUUCCAGACCGAAUCUACGCAACCAGCCAAGACGCAAGGCGUCCCCGGCUGGAGCGAUCGACGUCCCUGCCCGUUGCGGCAAACCCAUGCUUGCUUACAUUGGUCGCAAGCAGCUCACCAACAUCCGGGCCAAUAUCUACCGCGUGGCGCUCGGGCCGGGCCGGACACCCAAUGAACCGGUGGCGCGGCUGCAGGCACUCCGCUCCAAGCUGCUGAUUCCCGCCAAUGCGGAUUAUGAUCCCCACCUUGUGGCCGUCCUCCUCGCAAUGGCGCAGGAACACCUGUACCCCCACAACGUGGCGCCCCCUCGCGCGGGGCAUGGGCGCGCCGCUUACAACGCCAAUGCCGACUUCGUCGUCUACACGGCAACUUUUAGCGCCGACUACCUACGCCAGUUCCACUAUCCCCAUCAGGCGUUUCCCCAGACCGCCGCCGCAGAGACCGAAGUGCCGGGAGCCGGGGGACAACCUGGAUUGGACAUCGAGGUGGUCAAGGUACCCAUCUGGCCCAUCAUCGGGCUCAGGGAACGCCUCGGCCAGGCGCUUAGUGAGGAGGUCGUCGGAUACUUUGACGUCGAGCAGCCGGAAACGUGGGACUGCACGUCGUCGGAGUCGGAAGAAGCGGAGACGGAGUCGGAGCCCACGCUCGAGGCUAAGCGCAGACGCGGGCCUCCUACCAUCUUCAGCGGAAGCUUCGAGGAGGAGUUCUCCGAGCCAAGGAGAAAUGGGAAAAGGAGGCGGCUAGCGGGUGAGGGAAGCAAUCAGGUCGAAGUGGUCAUGUAG